CACCCGGCUAAGUAUUCGAAGAAGACAGGUGAAUGCCCAGUGGUCAGCAGAGGUCUUGAAGGAAAUAUUUCCUACGAGAGGGGGUGUAUGUAAAAGGUUGUAGUGGACGCGGGUGCAUCCUGUCGAUCUGGGCAGAAGGCGGAGCCAUUUGGGCUUGAUAUAGCAAACGGGGAGCCCUGCAGACCCUGGCUGAAGCCACAUAAAGACUCGAACCCGACGAGCCGUCAGACUUCUCCCGAACAACCAUGUCCUUCUCCCUCGCGCCCACAGGAGACGCAGGUACUCCCGCCUCUCUUUCACCAAAACAACGUCGGAGGAGCGCUGCUUUGAGCUGCGCAGAAUGCAGAAGGCUAAAGCUCAGAUGCAGCCGCGUUUUCCCAUGUACGAGCUGCGUUAAGAAAGGUUGUGGUGCUAUAUGCCCCGAUGGCUCCCUCACCACUGGCAAGGGAAAUCGCUUCAUACUUGCAAACACCGAAGUCCUACAUGACAAGAUAGGUCAGUUAGCUUCUCGCGUGAGGCAAUUGGAGGACGCUUUAGGCGAGCAACACGCCCUCCAUUCCACCGAGCGUCACGCCCUGCUCGCGGAUGAUUUGUUGCAAAUCAAACGCCCUCUCGAAAGAGAACUCAAGAAGGAAACAUCAGGCGAGGAGGAACCUGAAGCGGCAGAGGUCAUUGACGCGGUCGGAUCCCUCGCUAUAUCCCGCACAGGGAAGACCAAUUUCUUUGGGCAGACUGCUAACUCUUGGUAUUUAUUACAGAACGAGGAAAAUAGUGGGGACGAGGAAAGCAGCGCGAGCCCUGAGCUCCCAUUGCCGUAUGACCUACCUUGGCUCAGUCAUACGUUCCCAUUUACGCAAAGUGUUAGUCGGACGGCGCAAAAUGUGCGGAGUAUCCUCUUGAGCUAUCUACCUGAGGCUCCUCAAGCCCAAAGAUUGGUUGACAUAUAUUAUAAUAAUGCUGCUUGGAUGUAUACACCGAUGUACAGAGAUGAUUUCCAGGAAAACGUCUUCAACCGAAUAUAUGAGCCUCAGCCCCUUGCAGAGCCCGAUCCUAUUGAAUGCCACCGGAUUGGUGCAAUGUACUUGGUUCUUGCACUCGCAACUCUCGUUGACCUCGAGAUGCCACAGCAAUCGCACGAUGCUCACUACUAUCUCCAGUUAGGGCGAGCAGCCUUAUCUGUGGACUCGAUAUUUGAGGGUCAAUCCACAAUCGCUCUACAAGCGUUGUUGAUGAUGGCACAUUUCAUGUUCUGGUCCGAUAUUGACGGUCCUCGAUGGGCUGUUAUGGGAAUUGCGGUCAAAUUGGCUCACAGUUGCGGUCUCCAUCGAGACAGCGGCAGAUGGGGUCUGAGUGCAACUGAGACGUUUAGGCGAAGAUCUCUCUUCUGGGAGCUUUAUGUUUAUGAUUCUUGGCAGAGCUUAACCUAUGGCAGGCCACCUUCGUUUUCCUUGAUACAUAUAGACACCCAAAUGGCACACCAACCCACGAAAAACGACCAAGGCGAAGAAGAAAUGAUAUUUGAAUUGUGGAAACACAAAUUCUCUUCUCAAUGUCUCAGUGUUGUUCACGACCAAGUAUUCGGCGCUAGAGCACCGAGCUACAAGGUGCUCCAGGAGCUCGACCGGAAAGUACGAAACUUUCCGACACCUCCAUCCUUGCAAGUUCCCGGCUUUGGGGGACCAGUUGUUGACGCAACACCGGCACCCAUAUCUUUGACCAUGCAAAGAUAUAUCGCUUUCGCAAUCCGGGAAAUUAGUCUGUGUUUCCUCGUGUUCCCUAGUUUCGAUUUUACUGACCCACCGAUAUCCACAGCACUUUUCUAUAUGCAUCGAGGUUUCUUUGCUCGUGCAUUGGAGGACAACGCACAGGAUCCUUUGGGGAGCAAGUUUGCGCCGUCCGUUCUGGCGGCGUAUAGCACCGCUUGCUCCUUCGUGGCAUUGAUCAAAAGCUUGUUCUCCCAACAGCCAGCCUUGACCGAACGGAUGUGGUUUCUGUUCACCCACGUAUUUUCUUGUGCCAUUGUCCUGAGCUCGAUACCGAUCAAGUGCCCUUCGAUGGCUCUCGCACGCUCGGCGCUCUCUCACCUCGAUUCUGCACUUCAACUUUUUGAACGAGUGGCCGAAAAUCCUCGCGCAGUAAGGGUUCUGCCUAUCCUGCGGAAGCUGCGCGAACGAGCGAUUGCCUCCAUGCAGGAGUUGCAGAUGCGCCACCCCAUGACACCCUCGUCAAAACCACCCAUGAAUCCGACGCUCAAGAAGGAAGACGAAGAGCUGGCCACUCUUGGAGGCAAGACACGACUCGUCCACCGCGGUCCGACAUCUGCAUCAUCCCCAUCGAAUACCGCAUCCCCAUCCUCGAACUCUGCGUCCCCGCCACCGCACUCUGUAUCCCCACCAUUGACCGCAGGACAUCGACACGUACGAACUCCAUCGAUUGCUUCGCAGGAAGCAACCUACCCUCGUCCAGACCAGUUUUCGCAUACACCCCACGUCGCGGCAAAUCAGCAGACUCCAGCAUGGUCGACGUAUCCUCCUCCUUCGGAACAUGCUCCAGCAUACAACUACAACACAUAUAACUUCCCUCCACAGCAAUGGUCGCAGCAGCUACCACCCGCGGAGGAGUUCGCAUACAGCGCCGCUCACGACGGGGCGAUGUCGAUUGAGAUGCUGGCCGAUCAGUACGGCGUGACGAAUUUUGACUACUCAGCAUCGAUGUCGGUGAAUUCAUAUUAUGGACAGUCAGGAUCGGACGCUGGUCUUAUGAUGCAGAGCCCCGGAGAGAUGCAGGCCACGCAGGACCCCACUGCUGCGUGGCAGAGUCUGGUAGCCCAGUUCAGUCAUGUAUGAAAGGACUGAUGGAGAUCCAUAUGUUAUUUGUAUAUUCUCCCCCGAGUACUUACUCUGUAGAGCAUUUUCCUUGUGUUAGUGGUCACCUUUGCGAUGGUUUUCUCCUGGGUCAGUUCGUUUACAUUUCUCACUGAUGUUGCAUGGUGAUGUCUGGUCAGGCGAGUUGUAUUGCAUCUUGGAAGCCGUGAUACGUGUUAGCCUGUAUUUUACCUGAUACUGCC